CAGAAGCAGCACAGCAGCAGCAGGCGCAGCAACAGCAGCAGCACCACAGCAACAGCAGCGGCAGCUGUAGCUGCACAGCAGCAGCCCCAGCACUACAGCAGCAACACAGCAGCAGCACAGGAGCAGCAACAGCAGCAGCGGCACCACAGGAGCAGCAGCAGCAGCAGCGGCAGCACAGCAGCAGCAGCAGCAGCAGCAGCGGCAGCACAGCAGCAGCAGCAGCAGCAGCAGCGGCAGCACAGCAGCAGCAGCAGCACAACAGCAAAGCAGCAGCAGCAGCAGCAGAAUAUGGGGGGCCCCGUGUUUAUUGAGUCCUGUGAGGACAUCUUUUUUAUGAAUUCCCCCCCGACUUCUCUUUGCUUCACUUUGCUGCUGCCUGCUGCAGCAGCAGCAGCAGCAAUUCAAACCCUCAACAAGGAGGCCCCCUUAUCUGAGCCUGUGCAGCAGGCUGCGUUUUGGCCCGUCGUGCAGCAGCAGCAGCAGCUGCAGCUGCAGCAGCAGCUGCUGCAGCAGCAGCAGCAGCAACUCGGAGUCUACGAGCCAGAGUGGCGCCGCUGCUUGUCUUUGGCUCAUUUAAAAAGAUGCAAAACAAUAAAAGAGACGCAGCAGGUUUUAGUUCUCUUGGGACCCUCCCCGCGGCUGACCGAGGAGGCCCUCAAGGUGCUGCUGUCUGCUUGUCCAUAUGAGGCGUCAGCAGCACGAGCGGCAGCAGCAGCAGCAGCAGCAGCAGGAGAGGAAUUCGCUGCUGCAGUGCACGCAGCAGCAACUGCUGCUGGAAACCUCGCAGCCGACCCCGCAACGGCAACG